UUCGUUCUUCUGAUCGUAUGGUUUCUUUUUUUUUUUAAAUAUGUAUAUAAUGAGUUUGAAUGUUUAACUACAUUCAGUGCCAGCACACACUGAUUCAGCACUGUUUAGAGCGGAACUGGCAACACUCAGUAGUGAAUGUGUAGCUACAUGUAGUCAGUGGUUUAAAUAUUUUUUAUGUAUGCUUGUAUGGCCGAAAGCUGAUUGGAAUAUUUUUUUUAAAAAACGUUUUGUUAUUCGUCAAAGGAAAACAGUACAUUUACAUGGAUAAAAAGCCUAUGUUUGGAUCAGAAAUUGUGUUUUUGUGAAUGGAAGUGAUGAAAUACUUGAUUGUUUCGUAGUAUUAGGAUCCUGCUUUUACACGAGAUUAUCAGAUCAUUGCUACUUCUAUGUAAUGGUCAGUUAUUCGUCUACAAAAUGAUUCUUUCAAUUUAUCCCGUAUCAUCGCGCCUGGCGUAAGUGAUCUACAACUAAAUGGAGAAAUAUUGAGGAACUAAAUCGAUUUUUUUUUAAUUCGUGAAAUAUUUUUUUCCUGAUCCAACGUCCGGCUGUUCCAGUACCAGGCGCUGGGAGCCAUGCAGGAAGUGGAUAACUACUGUGAUGUGAACGUUCGGGGCGUGUACAGGGGUCGCCCUCCACCCCGGUCUGAGGAAGCCACGCUCCGGGACCGUCGGGACCGGUACGUGGACAGCUGGGACCUGGGCGAGAGAAGGUCACGCAGCCCUGGCUCACCCAACAGGCCACAAGAGAGGGAUGACCAGAGAGUGCCAAGCCCUAAGAGGGUCACGUGGAAAGAACCCGUGGAGCAGAAAAAAGCCCAAAAUAAUGACUACUUGAGUAAAUGCAGAGAGCUAGAGAGAGAACUGAGAAGUAUAUCCAUAGAGAAGACUAGAGCAGAAACACUUAUAGAGGAUCUUCAGACUAAAUUAGCUCGACAAGAGGAACAAACUGCACAAAUCAGGGCCCAGAACUCCAACCUUAACUAUGACAUAGACCAACUUAUUGACGUUGUUAGAGCAGCAAGAAUGACUGGAACAUGGGAGAUUGAUAGAAUAAAGUUUCGUGAACUUACAAUUGACCAAGUGUUUGGAUCUAUACAUGAGACAUUUCCUAAACUGAUAGGCAAAGAGACUGACAGUAGUGAACUUUUACAACAAGUUCGACAGAAGGAUGACAGGAUUGAGUCCCUUGAAAGAGAGUUGAGGGCCUUGAGAUUUGAAUCUAAAGGAGUUAUUGUUGGAGACCAGAUUUCUGAACCAACGGACUUAAGUCGAGUUAAAUCUGAUUUGAGAAGAUUGGAGCAGAGAGUGGAAGACCUGAAACAAGAGAUUCACUCUAGAGACAGAAAAAUCUCAGGCCUGACAUCACAGAUCAAUGAUUUACAAGCUGAGUUGAAUAUGAAAGACUCAGAAAAGAGUAACUAUCAACAAACUAUUAAACUGUUACAAGACAAGAUUCGACAGUCAACAUUAGAGCUCACAAAGUCAGAAGAGGUCAGUCGUCAACUCAAGUCAGACCUAGCUUCCAUCAGGGAUCAGAAUUCUCAGUCUUCUCAUAGUGUUUCGCACUAUGAGCGCAGAAUUCGUGCCUUAGAAGCAGAACUUGUUGAAGCCAAAGAUCAGAGAAGAAAAAAUCUUGAUGAGAUUGGUGCCCUGCAAGAGAAACUUCGUGAAGGCAACAUUUCGACUCAUGACCAUCACGAAGUUCUCAAGUCAGAGUUAGCUCGGCGUGAUGACACAAUUCAAAAACUGAGACGGGAUGUGCUCACCUUGCAAGAAAAACGAGAUAGUUCACUGGCAGAGUGUGAAACAGCCAUCUAUAGGCUAUCUAAAACAGAGCAGCAGCUUAGUAACGCGCAUGAGGAGAUUCACCGUAUGGAAAAGAAAACCAAAGCUCUGGAAGAUGAGGUUUUGCAUGUCAGGUCACAGUUGAAUGAAGCAGACAAUGAGACCAAAACUGCCAAUAAAAAAGUCACAAGAUUAGAAGGAGAACUUCAAGCACUUAGGGGACAGAAUGAUGAGUUUCAAGGACAAGUAUCUAAAUUAACUAAAAGUUUACAAAGACUCCAGAGCUCAUCCAAAGACACUAGAGACACAUUAAGUGUAGAGGUAAAUGACAAACAAGAAACUAUUGUUAGGUUGAGAAAUGAUUACCGUGAUCUGGAAGAGAAGUUACGUGAAGCAUUGAACACAGCUCAGCAGCGAGGGGAAGCAAUUAAACAGGUUAAAGAAGAACUGAAGCAAGCAGUCAUGAAGACACAAGAGUCUCAGAGCAAACUGGAAGAGGCUGACAUAGAACACCAACAACUUCAGAGCAGAUAUACUGUCCAGGCCAAAGAAAUUGACAGACUACAGACAGAGUUGCAAGAAAAAGAACUGACUAGUUCCCAGCAGGAGACACUGUUCAGAUCAGAAGUUGCUGACAGAGAGGAAGAGAUUUCCAGGCUUAAAGCUGACCUGAACAUCUACCAUGAAAAACUGGCACAGUCUGAGGGACAGUUGAUCUCAAGAGAAGAACAAAUUGCUCGGCUUCAAAGCCAGCUCAGAGAUUUGAUGGGAGAAACGAGCAGAAAGGAAGAGAAUCUGAGAAGAUUGGAAGAAGAUCUUCAUUCAGUGGAAGAUGAAAGAAAAAGAGUGGAAGAUAUUCUUCAGAGACGAGAAAUAACUCUACAACAAGUGGAACAUGACCUUGACAUGGCGAAAGAAAAAUACAAAGAUGCUAUUGAAGAGAAUGGUCGUCUAGAGGCAAGAAUACAAGCAUUCGCCAUCAAUGCUCAGAGUGAGCAGGAUGUUCUAAGUACUGAGGUCAAACGCAGGGAAGAAGUUAUCAAGCGUCUAAAGCUAGAUGGGGUCAAGUUGCAAGAAAUUUGUAGUAAAUAUGAGGAAAAGAGCUCUCAAGCAGAGAGAGAAGUGGAGCAUUUGAAAACACAGCUGAGAUCAAGUCACAAUGAAGUUGAGGUGAAGAGAGCAGCUAUGAAGAACCUUGAGACGAACGUGGAGGAGCUCAAAGACAAACAAGGGAAGCAACUGGAAGAAAACAGUCGCCUUGAAGAUAAAAUUCGUGACUUGACUGUUGCCAUAACAACUCAAGAAGCCCAGUGUGAAAAGCUGAAGCACCUUGUAUCAACAAAGGAAGAUUUGAUUUGUCAACUACGGGGUGAUGCAGAGUCACUUAACCGACAACUAAAGGAAACAGUCAGCAAAGUCUUAGUUCGAGAUGAAAACAUUCAAAAACUCAAUGUAGAAAUUGGGAAACUAAAAGCCAAAACUCAGGACAAGACAAAGGAGAUUAUUGAAUGCACCGAGGAGAUUGCUAAACAGUCUGAGUUGAUCAAGAAACUACAGAACACUUUAACUCAGUGUCAUCAAGAUUUGGAUGAGCUGCGCAGACGUGCUGAUGAAGAUAUGCUGCAUAAAGAAGAGAAAAUCAAACAGCUACAAGAAGAUUUACUUGAGUCCCAGAGUCAACAUUCAGCUUGUUACAAUGAACUUGUCAAGAUGGAAGAAGAGUUUGAGCUGCUUAAAGCCAGUCACCUACAGCUGAAUAAGGUCUCCCAGGCAACCAGUGCUCAGCUGACAUCACUGCAUGAUCAGAUUAACCAACUGGAGUUAGAUCUGACAAUUACAAAUGAGAAGCAUAGGACUUGCCAGAAAGAAGUUUCGAAUAGAGACCAAGUUAUUCUAAGACUUCAGGCUGAUCUGGACACAGCACAGCAAAAUUAUUCUGGCAGCAUGGAGGAGCUGAAACUGAAUGAAAGUGAAGUCAAGAGGAUUGCUGGGAAAUUAAAACAGCUUCAACAAGAAAUACGGGAAAGUCAUGAAAAUCUGGAAAAUAAAGACAACCAGAUUGUAGACUAUGAGAAAAGAAUCCAAGAGUUGCAGCAUGAUGAAGAAAUGGCUGUUCAGGAGGCAAAAAACCAUAUGCGAACAAUUGAGCAACUUAAAUCAGACUUACAGGUGGCCAAAAGCAAUGCUGCUGUGGAGCAGUCACGCUUGCAGGAAGAUCUGGACCUGGUGAAGGAAGAUCUUGACAUGACCCGCAAUGAGCUGAGUGAGUUUAAGAGGUCCAAUGCUGAUCUUAAAGUCACCAUAGCUGGUCUGAAUGAUGACCUAACAAGAUACAAAAAUUUGCAAGAUGAAAAUGCUAAUGAAAUUCGUCGACAAAGUGAUCUUCUGAAACAGCAAGAGAACAUCCUGUCAGAGACCAGGCAACAGUUGGUUAUCUCGCAAAGCCAGUUGGAGGCAGCCAAUGAAGAUAUUGAAAAGUUGGACUCUGCUCUUGGCAGUUACAAGCAGAAGUACACUCAGGCAACCAAUCAGAUUAAUCAUUUAGAAACCACUGUAGCAUCUCUCCAAGAAAAACUCUCAGAUAGUAGAAACCAGGAACUAGAGAGAGAAGCCACCAUAGAGCAACAGAGAUCUGAAUUGGAAGGUUUGGACAGGGCCUAUUCUGAAAGAAAGGAGGAGAUCAGCCGUUGUGAAGACAUGAUACACCAGCUGACUGGAGAGUUAGAGUCCACUCAGAAAGAGCUGAGGUCUGCACAUUUUCGUAUCAAAGAGGUGGAAGAUGCCAACAAGGAACUUAAGGACAGAGUUCAAGAUUCUCAACAUUUGGCAUUGCAACAUGAAGAAAAGGCUCAUGAUUUUGAAAACAAACUUCUAACUUAUCAGACAGACCAUAGUCACUCUGACAGAGAGUUUGCUGACAAAUUAGACCAGAUUACUGGACUGGAAUACCAACUGGAAGAGAAUAGAGUAGACAUGGAGGGCAAGGUCAGGUUCAUUGAGCAGCUCAAGUCUGAGCUAAAUCUUUGCCAAUCUGAGCUGCAGCAGACUAAAGAUGACAGGACCACGGCACUCAAUGAGAUUGAGAAACUAGAAGGCAACAUUCAACAACUGCAGCUUAAUUUGGCCUCGGCACAUCAACGCCACAAGAGUGAAGUCUGCAGAUUUGAAGACCAGGUGGCCACCUUGGAUAGACAACUGAACCAAACACAGACACAGCUGCAGCAUGCAGAGCAUGACAUCGGCAGCAAGGAAGGAGAAAUUAAGAGAAACGAGGCAGAGAUUGCAACCUGCAGGGAAGACAUACGCAUGAAAGUUGAGGAGAUUGAGAAACUUGAACGUAGUCUUCAUGAAGCCAAGUUGGAGUUGAACCAAGUGCAUGGAUACAACAAACAGCUAGAAGGAAAUAUUGUAGACUUGAAAAGUUCAUGUGAAACAUUGAAACAAGAUUUGAAUGAAGCCAGGUCGCAAUAUAAAGAUUGUGCCCAGGAACUUGCCCACCAUGAAGAAAAGUUAAGUCUGAUCCAACAAAGCCUACAGUCAACCCAGGACCAGUUGAGUCAGAGGGUGACAGAAGUUGUGAGACAUGAACAGAACAUCAGGAAACUUCAGACUGAAUUGAAAACUGCCAGAGAAAGGAUUGCCAGUUAUGAGGAGGAAAUGGAGGAACAGAAAACUACAAUCAACAAGCUUCGCAAGGAUCUGAUGGCAGCUAAAGAAGAGUUCCAUGCUUCUAUUCAGGAGGGUGUGGGACACAAACAACAGGCACACAAACUGGAGUUGGAACUGACUGGUGCUAGAGAACAAGAGAAGAUGCUCUCUGACCAGGUAGAGCAGCAAGAACAUAUACUUGGACAGUUGCAGACAGAGCUGAGAGCAGAGAGAGACAGGCAUGGUGAGACAGUCAGACAGCUGAGUGCCAGCAAGAAAGUUGGGCUGGAUCUGCAGGCAGACAUUGAGGCCCUGCAGAAACAGAUCAGAGAACACCAGGAAAGAAUACAAGCCAGAGAGGAUCAGAUAGCUAGACAUCGACGUGAGAUUGAUGACCUACACAAUAAAAACAGGGAGACUAGUGAAGUCCUGGCAGAAAGAGAAGGACAGCUCCGAUUGUCUAACAUGAACUUACAGGCAAGCCAAAAGCAAGCCAGACAUCAUACUCAAGAAAUAUCUCGUUAUGAGGACACUUUGAGCAAGCUUCAAACUGACCAUGAAAAAUUGCAGGAGCAAUAUCGCAGAUCUAGUUCCGAUUUGAUGGAAGCUGAUGCAAAGAUUCAUGAGUUAAAGGUCCAGCUAACCACUGUCCAAGGUAAUCAUAAAGAGUCUAUGGAACAGCUAACAGAGAAGUCUCGGCAACUGGCUAAUUUGAAGACUGAGUCUGCUAAGUUGGCUCAGCAGAAUAACUCCAUGAAAGAAGAGAUCAUGUUCUAUGAUGAGAAACUCAGAAAGCUUCAGCAAGAAUUAAGGAAAACUCAGGAAAUUAACAAAGCCACAGAUGAAGAGCUUCAACAUUUUGAAGAGAAGUACACAGGACUACAGGUGGAUCUUGUCUCCAGCCAGGAGAGACAGAAGCAGUCAUUGCAAGAGCUGGCCAGCAGAGAGGAAGAGUUUGUUGUGUUGAAAGUGGAGUACAGCUCUCUGCAGGAGAAAUAUAAGGCUGCCACUGAGGAGUCUAGCAAACUGAUCAAUGAGCUUGAGCUUCUGAAACAAAACUACCGCAGUGCCAAUGAGGAGAUAGCUGGCCUGCGGGCAGCCCUAGAAGAGUCUCGAUCCAACGGAGAUCGGCUACACAGGGAGAGUGAGCUGGUGGUCCAGAACGUCAACACCUGGGUGCAAGAACAAAAGUUGGCCAAUGAAAAACUAGGAAAUAAAAUCAGGGAGCAAAGUAAAGCAAUAAUGGUACUCUCAGCUGAGAAGGAAACUCUUCUUGACCAGGUGACAAAAUUACAGAAGUCUUACAGCAAAGUUAAAAUUGAGCUAGAAGAGAAACUAGCAGAGAGUGAUAAGUUUAAGGCACUUCAAACACAUUCUGUCCACCAACAAAUCAUCCUCAACCAGCUGAAGAGUAGACUGGAAGAACAUGAAGUGGAACAGGAUGAAGAUUUGAAAACAAAAGAGGCAGCAAUUGAAGAUCUUCAUCAUCGACUUAAGUCAAACAUUGAAAACAUACAUAAACUUAAUCAACAGUUGUCAAACAUACAAAAAGAAAACCUGAGGCUCCGCAGUGAGUUAGAUAGAGAGUUGAGUACCAGACAAAAUCUGGAGCUACAGCUUCAGGGCAAAGACCAGUUGGUGGAAAGCAUGAGAUCACAGCUGGAGUCAGGAGCAUACAAACGACUUUUUGAAAAAUCAGACCAAAUUAAAGAUCCUGAAAAACUGUCUAGAAUAGCAUUGAGUAAAGCAGCUGAAGAAAGUAGUGGAUUAGAUCCUCUCAGUCUUGACAAAUCCUAUUGGAUACAGAGAGUUGGAGAGUUAUCUAUUCAACUGCAAGAGAGUAGUGAGUAUUGGUCAGAUAAAGUUAGGGACCUGUCUACCCAACUUGAAAAGGCAAGAUGUGCAAGUGCUGUGAUCAAAGUGCAUUAAAACUUAUUGUGAUAUUUACUAUGUAGUACUAGUUUCCCAAGGACUAAUGGUACUUGUUGGUAAACAAAUAGCCAUUUUAUUAUUGUAUUUAUUGCAGCAAACUUUUAAUUAUGAAAAAUAUUCAGCUUUCGUUUUAUAAAAUUCAUUGCAAAACUCACAUUUUAAGUUUUGUUUGUAUUGAACUAAGUUUUAUUUUGUAUUAAUGAUCUAAAGAAAGCGAAUGGAGGAUAAAAUAAUUUUUAGUUAUGUUAAAUAAGUCUAGUCGAUAUUAUCUUUAACUCUGAUUCAUACUAUAAACCUUCAAGAACAGACAAAAUAAAUUUCCAAUUAUAUCUAGGUCUAUAAGUUGCUAACACCAAAUUUUAAUUCUGGUUUGCAGUUAGUAAAAUCAAAAUAAACAUACAUCAGUAUUGUAUAUAUUUAUGUACUUUUUUUCACAAUUCUUGAAUUGUAUAAAUAGAUAUACGUUCAUUAUAUCUUUGUUCUUCUUACAUUAUAAAACUUUUGUUUUAAAGUUUUGUAUCGUAAUUGUAAGCUACAAACAUUUUUUUUUACUCUGUGAUAAAUGUUAUACCCAAAAAUACAACUUUCUGCAGCUCAUAAUUUUAUUAUCUUUAGCUUUCUUUGCAUACUCUCAAAAGUAUUAGUAGCCGUAGAUUUUGUUUUCAUUCAUCAAUUUGUAAUAAAACUUCUGUGCUAAUGAAGUCUUUAUCCGUCCAUAAAAGCUUUUAUACAUGAAUGCAUUAUAUAUAAUUAUGUCUGGCAUGUUUGUUUUGGAAAGAAUUGGUGGAGGAAAAGUUACUCCUGUGCUGACAUGUUACAGUUAACAGGCAUGGGUUCAUUGUUUAUGUUCACAUAUUAAUUUCUAUCCUUUGUAAAAGUUUAGCAAAUUUGUAAAUGGAAAUCAAACUUCAACCAUCAUUUCAUGCCCUCUUUACAUUUCUGACAUUAAAUAAGCUAAGCCAUUAUUUUUAUAAUAGAUGGUGUCAAGUUUGUUCUUUCUUGCUAAGUGGAUAUUUCAAAGUGAAGAAAAGUGUCAGACAUUUUUUUUUAGUAAAAUGAUCCCUUUCUAUUAGUACAUUUUUUUAACUGCAUACCGUAUUUCAUUUAAUACAAGAUCUUAUAUUUGUUUUUUUAUGUUUAAACUACUAAGUUAGGAAAGGCCUGAACAACUGACCUGGGACAGCAACCAGUGGGCUAUUUAGACCAAUUGACAUCAUGACCUGUGACAAGGUAACAAGCUAUCAGUCUAAUCUGCCCACAGGUUGUGACAUUGCAGCUCUGUGUUCAGGCCUUCUAUAAAUGAUUGGUCAAUUUUAUUAUUGUAAUGAAUUAUGUAAAAAAAAAAAAUAAAGUUUUUAAUCAAUUCA